GCGCAUGCGCGUUGUGUUUUCCGUUAAUGGCCGUUACAGAGCUGGUUUGGUUGAGUUGCGGACUAUCGUGAGAAGAUUCCUCCCGGUUCUAUAACAUGAGUUACGGCAGACCUCCGCCCGCCAUCGAGGGCAUGACUUCGUUAAAAGUGGAUAACUUGACGUAUCGAACGUCCCCGGAAACUCUGCGCAGAGUGUUUGAGAAGUACGGCCGGGUGGGAGACGUGUAUAUCCCCCGAGAUCGCUACAGUAAGGAGAGCCGAGGCUUCGCUUUCGUUCGCUUUCACGAUCGGAGAGACGCGGAGGACGCGAUGGACGCCAUGGAUGGAGCUAUUCUAGGCGGACGAGAGCUGAGGGUUCAGAUGACUCGUUACGGGAGACCGCCUGACUCUUACUACGGUGGCCGCCGCGCACGAGGACCGAGGAGGUCCGGAGGAUACGGAGCCCGAAGCAGGAGCCCAAGACGCAAAAGACGAAGCCGAUCAAGAAGCCGAAGUCGUUCGCGAUCACGCAGCCGCUCUCGGUACAGCAAAUCGAAGUCCCGCUCGUCUUCCCGAUCCCGGUCUCGCUCUCGCUCCAAGUCACGAUCAGCUCAGAAGAACGAGUCCAAAUCUGCACCAAGAUCUCCACCACGAUCCAGAUUCCGCUCAAGGUCACGAUCAGCUCAGAAGAGCAAGUCCAAGUCUGCACCAAGAUCUCCAUCACGAUCCAGAUCCCGUUCAAGGUCACGAUCAGCUCAGAAGAGCAAGUCCAAGUCUGCACCAAGAUCUCCACCACGAUCCAGAUCUCGUUCAAGGUCACGAUCAGCUCAGAAGAGCAAGUCCAAGUCUGCACCAAGAUCUCCACCACGAUCCAGAUCUCGUUCAAGGUCACGAUCAGCUCAGAAGAGCAAGUCCAAGUCUGCACCAAGAUCUCCACCACGAUCCAGAUCUCGUUCAAGGUCACGAUCAGCUCAGAAGAGCAAGUCCAAGUCUGCACCAAGAUCUCCAUCACGAUCCAGAUCCCGUUCAAGGUCACGAUCAGCUCAGAAGAGCAAGUCCAAGUCUGCACCAAGAUCUCCAUCACGAUCCAGAUCCCGCUCAAAGUCCCGCUCCAGAAGUCAUACACCUGCAUCCAAAUCCCGAUCCAAAUCCAAAAGCAGAUCCAAAUCCCCAGAUGUAGAUGGGGCUGAAGAUUAAAUACUGAAAUGUGAAUCUCUGAGAAGCCUCACCAGACCUUGCCCGAAAAUCUAAAGACUGUUCUAAAGUUUCUGCUAGAUAUAAAAGGUUAUUGUUGUGUAUGUAAUUUGAAUCACUUUAGGCAAUUUUUUCUUUGUAUUUUAAAUUGUUUUUCCCCCAUGUUCUAAUGUUUUUCAAUUUAUUGACUAGGAUGAUGUUACAGAACAUCACUUAUCUGUAAACUUCGGAGAUGCAGUUGUGUAGCAGGUGAUUAUUGCUGGUUAGGUGUUAAGAUCCAGGGUUGCUGUGCUGAGUGCUUGGCUGUUUCCAGAUUGCUGCUGUUAGUGUCUGAUAAACAGCAUCUGCUAAUCUGGUGAUAUGUUGUUUGCAAAUUAACUGUAACUCUUUUUGUUUGUUAGAAAUGACAGUGCUGGAAUAAGUUCAGGGCUUGCCAAUACAAAUCUAUUGGAUUUUAGACAAUCAUUUUUGUUCAUGGAACCAUCAAACAUGCUUGGAUAUAGCAUCAAUUGUUUCUGUAUGAAGCCAGGGUUAUGUAAUCUGUUUUUCCCUUUUUAAAUAAAAUUAUAAACCCUUGACUUAAA